CACGUUUCCCACGUGGGAGAUUCGCUUCCUCCCCGUGAUUCCCCACGUGCCACCAUAACCAUCCACGUGGCUCCUUCACUCCCCGCAUAUCACUCGCCUCGUUUCCAUAGCGGCUCGCCUCCCCCUAACGCCGUAGCGUCUCACAUUAAAUUCCGCUCGGGUGUCAGUGCUCCACUGACGGCCGUUAGUUCCCCGCGAGGACGCUAAUUCAGCCGUGCUUAGAAAAACUUCUGGCCACUGUUUAUCCGCCACGUGGAUGGAUCUCCGUCAGAAGAUCCUGUCAACCGUGCACGCCACCGUGCACGAGCAUCGUCACGGCCCCAGCGGCAACGACCACCCUCCUGGAACAGGAGUCUCGGAUAUAGAAGCUGACAUCCACGUGACAGCGACCGCUCCUGCAGACAAUGACAGUAGCGGGGGAGAGGCCGACGGCCUUCCCCGCAACGCACAGCAGAGCGGGCAGAAGAGCAAGUGGACGGAGCACGAGAUCCUGGGCGUGCUUCAGCAGGCCUCUACCGCCAGUGCGUCCAAGCCAGCAGCAGCCCCACCGCCCCACAGCUCCAGCUUCGGCGCGGCGGCAGCGGCAUUCCUGGAGGCGGGAGCAGCAGGGGGGGGGGGUGGCAGCCGGGGAGGGGGCAGCUCCAGCGCGGCAGCAGGCGGCGGCGUCGAGGACACGGGGCCGUCGCGCGUGCAGCGGUUUCUGAUGCGGCUGGCGGUGGCGCUGCACGCGUACGGCAGCUCGGCUGCGCGCACCGAGUUCCUCAUCGAGCGCGCGGGGCGGCGCCUGGGCGUGGACGCCAACGUGGCGGUGUUCCCCGACCUCAUCCUGCUCUCCUUCAACCGGGUGGCGGGGGACGACACUGCCGGGCAGCGCGCGCACAUGCUGUCGGUGACGCCCGACAUGGAUCUGGACAAGCUGGGGCGCGUGGACGAGCUGGCACGCAGCGUGGGGCUGCAGGAGACGCACAACCUCAUGGCGGCGUACUGGCAACUGCGUGCCAUCGCCAAUGCACCGCCCACCUUCUCCCCCGCGCUGCACCUGCUGGCCAUGGCGCUCAUGUCCGCCAGUGCUGCCGUGCUCUUCUUUGGAGGCAACAUGUGGGACGCGCUGGUGGCAGGCGUGCUGGGAUUCCUGGGCGGGGCCAUGGAGUUCUGGGCCAUCAACAACUCCCAGGCGGUGGCGUCCAUCCUCGAGUUCCUCGUGUCAGUGCUCGCCGCCUUCUCCGCGCAUCUCCUCGCCGCCUCGCUGCUCCACGGCCGCAUCUGCAUCUUCGCCUCGCUCUUUGGCGCCCUCGUCUGGUUCCUGCCAGGUGUGACGUUGACCUUCGGUGUCAACGAGCUGGUGGCGCGCACGCUGGUGACAGGCACGUCACGUGUGGCAGCAGCCAUCUUCACGUCGCUGCAGAUCGGCUUCGGCAUCUCCGUCGGCAUGGGGCUCGCUUACGGCACCGCCUCCCCCACCGCCCUGCACGACUGCCCGCCCUCCACUUUGCCGCUCUGGUCCAACAUCAUCUGGUUCGCGCUGUACGUGGUGGCGAGCAACAUCCGGUGCAACGCGCGGCUGGACCAGUGGGACGGGAUGACCUUGGUGGCCCUGGUGGGGUACGUGGUGUCGGAGCUCGCCUACCGCACCAUCGGCAACGACACUGCAUCGGUGGUUGCUGCGUUCGCCGUCAGCACGUCAGGCACGCUCUUCUCACACUUCGCCCAGGAGUUCCCCCUCGCCAUGAAGAUCUCCGGCAUCCAGCUGCUGGUGCCGGGCGGCAUAGGCGUGCGCGGUGUGGCAGCCAUUCUCAACCAGGACGUCAUGUCAGGCAUCGGGUUCGUCUUUGAGAUGCUCACGGUGGGGCUCGCCAUCACUAUUGGACUCAUUCUCGCCAAUCUCGUGCUCCCAGAGUCCAUGUUUGCACAUGGAAGCCGCCCGCACCACAACAAGAGGAAACUCGCCGCGGACUUGCGGGCCGACUCGAUGGCACAUAGUGGGAUUGGUGGCCAGCAAGAAGGGGCAAGGGGGAGGGAUGAGGGUGCAGGGAGAGGAUUUGGUGCGGCUUCAGAUGGGGGCAGUGGUGGGGUAAGAGGGGUGCUUGCUGGAGUUUUAGGUUUGAGGAAUCGAGGAAGCGGCGAGGAUAGAUUAGCUUCUUCAUUCUUGCCCCAGGUGAAAGAAGAGGAGGACUCAGUAGCCUUCUAGUUGGCUAUGUCGUUGUUGAGGAUGAAGGUUAGUAUGGGGUUGGAUUGUUGAUCUAAGACUAAUUUGUUUUACCCUCGUGUUUAUAUUUUCCUUACUGCUCUCUA